AUGAAGCCCGAAGAGACUAUCCUGCGCAUUGGCGACAGCAUCUCCCUCUUCUCCAUCGAAGGCAACGGCUACGUGUCCUCUGAAGGAUUCAUCGACAGCGACUGCCAGAUCUCGACCAUUGGGCAAGACAAGCGCAUCCCAGACCACUUCUCUGACUGCGUUUUCAGGAUCUGUCCACGCAACAAGUACGAUGCGCACACGGCGCUGAACGAUCAGCUCGACGCGGUGAGCCGCACGCGUGCGUCCAUCGGCUCGCGUCAGUUCGACCCCGACCCCGAAGCCGUGCACCUCGAGAAGAAACUGCUUCAGCUCAAGAAACACGAAGUGGAGGAGGAGAGCGAGAAUCACGCCGAGUUCGGCCGGCUCGCGGGCAACACACUCUCCUACGGCCAGACCGUGCAACUGCUGCACGUCAAGAGCAACAAGUUUGUCACCGUGACAUCCAAGGAGAUCGCCGAAAUCGAGACACAUUGCCUGCGCGUGUACCUGGACCCCAUGGGCAACGAGGGAUCCUGGUUCACCCUCCUCCCUCGCUUCAAGACCAUGGCCGAAGGCGAGAACAUUCACUUGGGAGAUCAAAUCAUUUUGGAGUCCAAGUGCUACAACUCCAUCUUCCUGCACGUGAGCAAGGAGACCAUGUACCAGAAGCGCGAGGUCAACGCCACGACCGAGAAGAGCAGCUGGCGCGUGAUCCCCUUCGCGCCCUUCGUGCCCGAGUCCGACUCGUUCCUCAAGGCCGGCGACGUCAUCCGCAUGUUCCACAAGGAGGCCGAGGGCUAUCUCACCAACGAGCUGCCCGACGACGACUUUGUCGACGAGGACGCCGAGAAGGAAAAGCCCACGGCCCCCCCGACCCACAGAAGGACGAGGCUGUUCGCGGGUUCGGGACAACUGUCGGACGACGCGAAGAAGGCUCCGCAGAACUCCAAUGCCCUGUGGCAGAUCGAACUGGACAGGCCCAACCGAGGCGGCGUCGUCCAAUACGAGACAUUCUACAGAUUCAAACACAUCGCGACCGGUCACUAUUUGGCGGCGUAUCCCAAGCCGAAGGAGAAGAACGCGAGUCCCAUCUCCCUACGCCGGAGGGACAAGGACGACAGCGGCGCGGGUGGAAUGCUGAAGCUGAACGUCCCGCAGCUCAAGCGGCGCAUGGGACUGAGCCUGGGCAGCGCUAGUGACGAAGAGGAAGAGGAGCUGGUCGAGUGCACAUUUACCACUGUCAAGGAAUUCAGCAACUCGGCCACGCUCUUCACCGUUCAUCCACUGGGCGCCACCAUUGAUACGGAUAAGCGGGUCAAGCUGGAAUCGUACAUGCGCAUUCGUCAUGUCAACACCAAGUGCUACCUGCACGCCUGCAAAGAAGCACAGGAGAAGAACAGGAUGAAGUUGAUCGGUCGCGAGGAGCGCCUCGACGAGGACGCCUUUGCGGUGGUGCCUGCCUCGCGCGAGGAGAUCGACAACCUGCUCCGCGCAGUGGGCCAGGUAGCCAUCCUGAAGCAGUGUGUGGCCAAGUUGGCGCAGGGCGAGAAGAUGGACUUCACCAAGACCGGGCUCACGGUCUCGAAGGGCAUUCUGGCCAUGGACACCAAGCGAGUCAUCGGCGUGCUCAAGGACCUCAUCAUCUCGUGCACCAUUUCCUCGACCGGCGAUGAUGACGUGCUGUCGCGCGAGGGCAUUCCCAUUCCAGCCAAUCAGGACCUGCUCCGCGAACAACACGUGAUUGCGAUCAUGAUGAACCUGCUGCAGCAGACCUUCAGCCAGAAGGCCAUCCAGCGCAAGGCCUACGAGCGGGCGGAGAACUACACCCUCUUCAUCAUCGCCCAGCACGCCUACAAGCUGCUCAAGCAGAUCCUCAAGAAGAAUCCCACCAACCGCAUGGCCAUGAGCAAAUACGUCAACUACUUCCAGAAGCGGGGGCUGACGUGUGCGAUGUCGCGUGGCCAGAUGACGUUCCCUCCCUGCACGGACACGUUGAUGGAGCUGUUCCGCGACAACUACAAUCUGCUGAAGAACAUCGCCGACGACCAGGUGCUGUUCUUCAUCUUCCGUCUCCGUAACACGGGCCGCAAGUCGAGCUACAUCAAGUUCCUGUCCAUCCUGUGUCGCUGCGGCGACGAACCCCUCACGAAGAACCAGAACUUCAUCUGCGAGCGGCUCAUCGUCGAGAACCACGACCUGCUCAUCAGCAUCAAGAUGAUCGAAGAGACGGGCGAGGUCAUGGUGCAGCCUUCCAGCCGCGAACCGUGGACGCCCAUCGAGGAGUUCAUGAACGAGGGCGAGAAGCGCGACGACAAGCAGAUCUACUUAUCAGGACCAUCAAGCUGCUGUCCAACCUCUGCCUGGUACGGCCGAAACAGCUUCGCGAGCACCAAGAUCUCGCGGGUGAUGACCUACCCGCUGGUGCUGCGGUGCAUGACCAACCCGGACCUGCCCUUCACGCUGCGCGCCUCGUUCUGCCUGCUGAUGCAGCACCUCUACGUGGACGUGGAGCCCUACAAGGCGAUCACGCUCGUCAACUACACGCGGGUGUGGUCCGACCUCGAGCACAAGCCGCAGCUGGGCGGGUUCGAGGACGCGAGCACGCGCGACUCGCGCCAGGCCCGAUCCGACCUGUGCAAGUACGUGGGCUACUACAUCGCCGACAACUACGCCCAGUCGGUCAACGCCAUCACCCACAAUAAGCUGACGCUCGCGAUGGUGGUGCUCAUGAAGCGGAUGUUCGAGCUUGGGUUCUGGAUGCAGUCGGAAGACACGCUGCGGGACCUCAUCGUCUCCAUUCUCGCUCUCCUCGAUCCCUCCACCGAAGUUUCCGAGGGCGAACAGAACCCGCUGUUCAAGCAGGACGAUCGCACCAUCUGGAUCAUGAAGACCAAGUACAACCUGUGCUCGCUCAUGGACAUGUUCUUCAAUCUGCGCCUCGACCGCCGCUUGACCGAGCUGCUGAUCAUCCUGCGCAAGCACAUGGAUGGGGUCCCGACCGAUCUUACCAAGAUCAGCAAGGCCACCGAGGAAAAGAUCGACGAGGCCUCCAAGGUUUGGAGUGAUUUCCUGGGCGAGUCGGAGCGGGGCGGCCAGCAGUCCGACAUUCUGGAGCGGACCCUGCGGUACAUGGUCAUGUGCGACUACACUCCACUCUCGCUGGCUGCCGGCAACCUGCUCGUGCGCCAAUUCAGCCAACGCUUCGAGCUGCUCACGGAGCUGCAGCAAGUGCAGAUCCUGGUGACUGACAAGAACGUCAAGACAUUCCAAUUCGUGGCGCAAAAAAUGGAUGACCUCAAAUCCUUCCUGGAGAAGAACGGGUCGGAUUCGCUGAUCGUGCCCAUCAUCAACAAGUUCGCGAGGCUCUGCGUCAAGGGCAACAACGUGAACGUGCACAACCAGCGCAUCUUGAAGAACUUGGAGGCGCACAAGGUGGCCAUCGAGCUGCUUCACCUGCCCUUCAACAAGCCCCUCUUCUUCUCCGUCUUCCAGUUCCUCGCCGCGUUCUGCAAAGACAACGCGGACAACCAGAGCGCCCUGUUCGAGUACCUGGAUUUCUUCCUGAAGAUGAUGGGCAAGGACCUCUACGUGGCGGUGACGAUCAACGAGAUGUUCCACAACAACCGCGCGCUCUGCUCGCAGAUCACCGAAGUCCAGAUCCGCAAGAUCGUCAACGCCAUCGAAACCAACAAACUGCCCCGAUACAUACAAGUCCUCAUGACGUUGAUCAUACCGAACGACAUUCCGCUACGCAGGAAUCAGAACCUGGUGCUCAAGAUGCUGAUGGAGAAGCAGCAGACUACGUUGGUGCUCUUCAACGAUCCGGAGAGCAUCGAAUACAGGAAUUCGUUGAUCAAGAAGAGAAACUACGAGAAGGAGGACUCCAUGCUCAAGUUCCACUGCAUGCAGAUCGAACUGAUCACCAAGUGCUCGCUGGGCAAGAUCUACGAGGCGGAGGUCCGUUGCCAGUCGCUCUACUCCAUGGGCCAGAUCAAGCGCCAGCUGACCGACCCUGUAAACCUGCGGAGCAUCAAGAAAACGUUCACCAAUUUCCUGGAGGAGGUGUACUUCCUCACUCAGAAGCCCAAGAACGCGAUCGAGCUGGACCCUCAGCUGUGGACGAUCUUCUCUGAGCACUACACCAAGGAGUUCAUCGACCUCACCAACCUGCUCAACCAAGGAGAGCGUGAUGAAGAUGUGCUCGACUACGUAGUGACCGGCAUCAUCCCGUUCCUUGUGAACUACUUUGGCAAGUACUACAACCGCAAGGACGCCACCAUACGCCACAAAGUGGUGGCGGACUACAUGGUGGACGGCCUCACACAGCUCUUCUACGCCAAGGGACUGACCCACGCUCAGCGUGUGGAGGUGGGCAAGUGUAUCGACGCCAUGAACCGACCCGAGGUCAACAUUCGCGGCACCGAUCCUGAGAAGACGGACAAGGCCUCCAAGGAGUGGCGCGUGCUCAUUGAAUCGCCUCCGGAGAAGGAGACCAAGGUGUCUGUCGUUGCGGUCGACACAUCGCAGGAGGAGAAGGUCAUCCAAGGCAUCCAGCAGUUCGUCAAGUAUUUCAAGGAGAAGAAGAUAUUCGGCAUCGAACAGGAGCUGCAGAACUUGGCGCAGAUCUUCCGCAAGCACCUCGACACCUUCACCAAGAAGCUCAUUGAGCUGCUCAAGAACUGUGAUUCGGGCACGCAGCAGGAGCUGACCUGGGUGACGCUACGCACGCUCAACAUUCUGCUGGAAAAGCCGCUCGCGGACGCGCUCAAGUCCAAGAACAAGGACGUGCAGUCGUUGGUCAACAUGCAGAACAAGCUCAACAAUAUGGGCGCCACCAAUCUGAUUCUCCACUUGAUAUCAUCGUCGCAAAAUGAAGACCGAGUGUACCACCAGGCUCUGAAGCUGGGUAUCGCCAUUCUGCACGGCGGUAACGAAGAGGUGCAGCGGUACAUGCUCCAGUGCUUCAUCAACGGGCAGGAGGAGGGCUUCUUCCCCGAGAUCCGCUCCCGCAUCCGGCGAUCCAUCAUCGAAAUCAAAGAAAAGCAGCAGUUCUACUUCCGGCUGCUCGAGCGGAAGCGGGCACAGGAGCACCAGAGGACCGAAGCCAACGCCAUCCUCUUCAGGAACGACAAGUUUGGGACCGGUAUCGACAACGAGCUGUUGGCCUACCUCAAGCAAACCGAGGGCUCCUACCCCGAGAGUGGUUUCAUCCGUAAAAUCCUCCGAUUCCUGCAGCUCCUCUGCGAAGGCCACAACCUCGAGAUGCAGAACUACCUGCGGUACCAGACGGAGACGAGCAGCGAGUCAUACGAUUUGAUUUCGGAGACGGCGGCCUACCUGGAGGCCGUGGAGCGCGAGAUCGAUGCCACCAACAUCAAGAUCGCCACCCAGCUCUUCACCUCGCUCACCGAAUACUGUCAGGGUCCGUGCGCCGAGAAUCAGGUGGCGCUGAUGCGCACCAAGCUCGUCGAGUCCGCCAACUGGGUGCUGGCGCUUCCGGACGACCACCCGCUGUGCCACAGCAAGGACGUGAACAAGCUCAAGAAGGAAGCCGUCGUCACGCUCCUGUCUCUGCUCGAGGGCAACCAGAACCCGAAGGUCCCGCGCCAGAUGCUCAUGACCCUCAACUUCCACGUCAUGGAGAAGACGCUGGACACGAUCUUCCCGGUCAAGAUCACGCAGCAGAAUCUGUCGACAGUGGACGAGGAGGCCAAGGACGUCAAACGGGCCUUCCUGUACUAUUUCCUCAUCAAGACCCUGGCCGACCACGACAAGGACAACCACAAACACCUGAACCGGCUGCUGGAGGGAUGCAACGGUGCGUUGGCCCUUCGCAAGGGCACGGCCUCGAUCGAGGUCGUGCGGGACAACAAGCUGGAGCGCAUCUAUUUCCAGCGGCCCCGCAUCUGCAAGCAACUCUCGCCCAUGUCCAAGAAGAAUCUGCUUCACAACGUCAACAGAGAGAACCAGGCGAGCAAGAUCGAGGACUUUUUCGACCAAAACGAUGGUCUCAUCCAGGAGAUGAUGCACCGCGACAGCCUCGCCGACAACCUGUUCCUCAACAACCUAUCGCAGGGCGAGACCUUCCUCAAGAACCUGUCCUUCGCCUUCACCAUCAUCAUCAACCUGCUCAUCGUCUGGUCGUUCACGGCGCCCAAGCUCGUGGUGGACGAUGAAACGGAGGAGGGCGCAGUCGUACACAUCGACGUCCAACACCCCACCGUCGAGCCCAUAAUCUCGGCCCUCCUGACGCUCUUUGGCGUGUGCCAAAUAGGGCUCGCGGCGAUUCUGCUGUUCAUCGAGUACGAGUUCGGGUUCCGCCUCGCCUGGAAGCAGGCCGUGGCGCACCGCAAGAACCGCAAGGAGAAGGACAACGGCACCGACAACCACGAGGACAACCGCCAAUCGGCCAAAUGGUGGCGCGGCCUCGACCUGCCCCAACUAUGGUCGGCGGCGAUGAAGUCGGCAAUUUUCUACUUCCUGGCCUACCUGGUGUUCGCGGUGUGCGGCGUGGUGAUCUCGCCGUUCUUCUUUGCCUUCCACCUGCUCGACAUCGGCGCGCGGAGCAAGGAGCUCAAGUAUGUCAUCUCGUCCGUCACCCAGAACGGCAAGUCCAUCAUCCUCACCGCGAUCUUGGCGUUGAUCGUGAUCUACAUCUACACGAUCUUCGGCUUCCUCUUCUUCCGGGACAAGUUCGUGCAGGACGACGUCUUUAUCUGCGAGUCCAUGCUCAUGUGCUUCGUCAACGUCGUCAACUACGGGCUGAGGAGCGGAGGAGGUGUGGGCGAUCUGCUGAAGCCGCCGCUGUGGGGCGACCCGGAGACGCCCUACCGCAUCCUCUACGACUCGACCUUCUUCUUCGUCGUCAUCGUCAUCCUCCUCAACAUCAUCUUCGGUAUCAUCAUCGAUACCUUCGGUGAGCUGCGUAACCGGGAGGAAACGAUCGAGUCGGACAUCAAGAACAACUGCUUUAUCUGCGGCAUCGAUAACAUCACCUUUGACCGCGCCUCCGAAGCCGGAUUCGAGAAGCACUGGAAGUAUGAUCACAACAUGUGGAACUACCUGUACUUCCGCGUGCACCUCAACAUCAAGGACUCCACCGAGUAUACCGGACCCGAGCAGUACAUCGCCGAAAAGCUGGAGGUGAACGACCUGUCGUUCAUCCCCAACCAGAAGGCGAUGUGCCUCGGAGCCAAGCAGGAGGAGGACGAGGAGAAGGCGCAGGAGCUGAUCCUGCGGGUGGAGACCAUGUCGUCGGCCCUCCAGAAGACGACGGACGAGACCGUCUCGCGGCUGGGCGAGUCGAUGGAGAAGCGCUACAACACGCUCAACGCGUCGCUCAUCGAACUCGCGGCCAACACGUCGAGCCGCUCGACCGCCAUCGAGACCAAGCUCGAGGGGCGCGUCGAGAACGUCGAGAAGCACAUCUCCGCGCUCGAGAAGAAGCUCACCACCUAUCUCGAUAAUAUCGAGAAGGCGAUCAAGAAGGAGGAGAAGCGGCACAAGAAGGCGAGCAAGGAGAAGGAGGAGCGCAAGAAGAAGCGCGAGAAGCAGCUAAAGGAGAAGGAGAAGGAGAAGCGGCGGCGCGAGGACGAACGGCGCCAGGCCGAGCAGGACCGCGCGGCUCAGAAGCGGCGCGAGAAGGAGGCCCGCCGGCGCGCCAAGGCCGCCGACCUCCUCCGGCUCCAGCUCCAGCAGUCCCAGCCCGUGUCGACAGACACCAACGAAGCCCAGGCCCUGGUGGCCGAGCGAGAGCGACUGUUGCGGCUGGCCGCCGAGGAGGAGGCGAAGGCGGCCGAGGCCGAGGCCGAGGCGCAGGCCAAGAAGAGGGCCGCGGCUGAGGCUGAGGCGGCGGCGGUAGCAGCUGCAGCGAAGGAGGCGGAGGAAAGGGAACAGGCCGCGGCGGCGGCGGCGGCGGCUGCGAAGAAGGCCGAGACCGAGAUGGAGGAGAAGCGGAAGAGGAAGGCGGCCGAGGAGGAGGAGGAGGAACGGGCGAAGGCCGAGGCGCAGGCCAAGCAGGCGACUGCGGCGGCGGCGCAGAAGAAGGCGGCAGCGGCGACAAAGAAGAAGCCGAGCCUGCUAAAGAAGAACAGUGACAGCGAGAGCGACACGGAGAGCUCCGAUGGCUGGGACAGCGACAGCGACAGUGACAGCGAUGACGACGACAAGAAGUCGAAGAAGAAGCCGCAGGCGACUGCCAAGCCGCUGCCGGCGUCCGCGGCGAAGCAGCCCGGCGAGCAGGCCAAGGUCCUCGAGGCAGCAACAGCUGCUGCUGCGCAGGCGGCGGCCGAAGAGGCGAAGGCCGCGGCGGAGGCUGUGGCGGCGGCGGCGGCGGAGGAGGAGAAGAGGCGGGCCGAGGAAGCGGCGCUGUCUCAGUCGAUGGUGCCCACGAUCGUGAUCGACGCGCCCAAGGAAAAGGAGGAGGCGGAGGAGCUGAAGCCGACGGCGGUGGAGCCCACGGCAGCGAAGAAGAAGCCGAGCCUGGUGAAGAAGAACAGCGACAGCGAAAGCGACACGGAGAGCUCCGAUGGUUGGGACAGCGACAGCGACAGCGAUGGCAAGAAGAAGAAGAAGCUGCAGGCGAAGAAGCCACAGGAGGGCGCCCAGGCCGAAGACGAGAAGCCCGCCGCCGUAGCCGCGCCGCAGCCCCAAGCCGAGCCCGCAACGCCAGCCGCCGCGGUCGAACCUCAGCAGAAGGCGGAGGUGGUGGUGGACCAGAAGGCGGAGCAGCCAGCCGCUGCGUCCGCCGACGCGGCGCCGGCGGUGGUGUCACCCGAGCCCGUCGCGCAGACCGCGGAGCCUGCUGCUGAGCCCGCCCAGGCAACGGAGGCACCAGCGCCGAAGAAGACGGCGCCGGCGGCGAAGAAGAAGCCGAGCCUGGUGAAGAAGAACAGCGACAGCGAAAGCGACACGGAGAGCUCGGACGACUGGGACAGCGACAGCGACGACGAGAAGAAGAACAAGAAGGCGAAGCCCGGCAAGAAGCCCGUCGACACCGCCAAGUUGACUGCCAUCGCCGACGCUGUGGUAGCCGCCCCGCAGACCGCUGAGCCCGCGCCCUCUGCCGUGGCUGUGGCGGCGCCGCAGCCCGAGGUGAAGAAUGCCGAGGAGAAGGAAGUGGUGGUGGAGGCCGCGGUCGACGAAGUGAAGCCACCGGUGGCGGAGGUGAAGGAGGCCGAGGCGAUCGAGAAGGUCGCGGAGGCCAUCGCGCCGAAGCCGGCGAAGGCCGAGGUGUCUACUGAGGCCGCGGCCGUGGCGGGGAAGAAGACUCCGGCGAAGAAGAAGCCGGGGCUGGCGAAGAAGAACAGCGACAGCGAGAGCGACACGGAGAGCUCGGACGGCUGGGACAGCGACAGCGACAGCGACAGCGACGACGAGAGGAAGAACAAGAACAAGAAGUCGAAGCCCGCCGUCGUGCCCGAGCCCCAGCCUGAGCCCAAGCCCGAGCCCGCUCCGACUCUGGCCGUCCCCGAGCCGCAGCCCGAAGCCAGGAAGCCCGAGGAGAUCAGCCCCAAGGAGGCGGAGACGACCGGGACACCGGCCGAGGAAGAGGCGGUGGCGGCUGCCAAGAAGAAGAAGAAGGACGACGACGAGGAGGAGGAGGAGGCGAAGAAGAAGGAGACGAAGGAGGCCGAGGAGAAGAGGAAGAAAGAGGAGGAGCUGGCGAGGCGGAAGGCGGCGGUGAAGAAGGCGAUGAAGGACAGCGAUGCCAGCGAGACUGAGACCGAGACCGAGGCCAGCGAAAGUGAAAGCGACAGCGACGACAGCGACAGCGACGACAGCAGCGACGACGACAAGAAGAAGAAGAAGGGAAGCGUCGGGGCGAAGAAGAAGCCAGUCGUGGUCGUCAAGAAGGGCGGAAGCAAGGUGACGGCAUCGAAGAAGAACAGCAAGAACAGCAAGAGCAACAACAAGAAGGACUCGUCGGAUGAUGACUCUUCUGAUGAUUCGUCGUCGGACGAUGACGACUCGACGACGGAGGACGAGAAGCCGAAGGUGGUGGCCGCCUCGCGCCUGUCCGCGUACACCGCGUCCCAGCCCGAUUUCCUGUUUUAA